UUAAUAAAAAGGGAAAAUAUGUGAAAUUACAAUACAUUUACAAACGCAUUUAAACAGUUUUUUAUGUUUAAGCUUCAGUGUACCGCCGGCGGUACACCUACUAAUUUGCAUAGGAAUUUCAAGAAUGUCCGACGGCUGCAAACGCGAUUAUACAAACACUAUACACCGAUGGAAAGCUUAGAUUCUCAUGAAUCCGCUGGUAUAAACCACUUUCAGAUGCGAUUACCACAGCGGGUGAGAAAAACACAUUUGUCCGACAAAAACAAAUAUUCAUCCAUCCGUUCUCUAUACACGGCUUCAACGCACACAGCGCGACUCACAUUUCCGGGUUUAUUAUUACACACAAAAAAAAGAUUCCACAAAAAACGGCCAUAAUCCAACCUUUUACAUCAGAUGACACAAGCCAGUAAACUAUUUUGUCCAAAACAUGUCCUGAAGUCGGUAUAAAAUCCCCGAAUCGGUCGUUUUCAAGGAAAUGCACCUCCCGAUGCGUGUCCAAUAUUCCCCGUAUUUUUCGUAAUUUUUUUUUAUUUAAAAAUAGAAUAUUAGCGAUUUUUUGUACUGAAAACGGCUGGAAUUGACUGAAGCUUAAAGGGUUAAAUAAUCAGCUUUCCUUAAAAAGUGGAAGUUUUGUGGUUUGUGUACUUUUUGUGUGUUUUCCUCCCACUCAUGUUGUGGGACUAAAAACCAGCUUCUCAUGAUGUAAAUCUGAACAUUUUAAAGUGAGUCUCUGGGAAACCACUUCCUCUGAACAAUCUCUGAUCCACUUUUCUUCCGGCACGUUCACGGAAAACCACCGAUUAUGUAAAAGACAAUGGAACAGUCAGUCAGCUGAUGGUUGAUUAUCAGGUUUCCACGGUGACCUCUGCUCACUUUGGCCGCCGACAAACAUCAAACAGGGUCCUCCCACUCCGACCACAGUCCAGCGACUCAAACAAACAGCCAUUGAACACGAAUGAAGUCACGGAUUCAGCACCAGGCAAAGACCUCCAGACACUUGUUGGCUGCAGAACAAACCCAGUCUGAAGGAAAGAAAGAGGGAAAAGCAGAAUGUAGCUAAGCAACAAGGAGACGGGGAGAGGUUGAACGUGGAGGAAUCUGCUUGGUUUGUGCUUUUAUUUUGAUGGAUUCCUUCCUGGCUCGGUGCCAGCCGGUCGCCACUUAGAGGUUUUUGUCCAGAGCUGGGAUUUACUGGAGCUCACAGCUGAUCUCCAUCCACCGACCGAAGCAGCUCCAGGCUUUCUUCACUCCUCUGUAGGUGCAGAAAUGUCUCCACGACUCCAAACCUUCCUGCUCUGCUUCCUGCUGGUUUCCGUCUCAUCUCUGGUGGGCAGUCUGGAUGGAGGUCAGGAGGAGGAUGAGUGCGCAGAACUGAACAACACCACGUGGACGGAGUACCGGCAGCACCGAUCCAAGCUGCAGGUCCAGUACCUGCUGCUGACCAGGAGAACCCUGGACUGUGCUCAGAGGUUCAGCCAGGACGCUCUCAGCAAGCACACCUCCGACUUCAACGUCUCCAGGCCAACCAAAGUCAUCGUCCACGGAUACAGGGCUCUGGGCAGUAAGCCGUCCUGGGUGAAGGAGCUGGGCCGGGCUCUGCUCAGGGCUCAGGACAUCAACGUUCUGGUGGUGGACUGGAUCUACGGAGCUUCGUUUGCCUACAACCUGGUGGUGGAGAACUACAAGGAGGUGGCGCUACAGAUCUCCGUCCUCAUCAACCAGCUGCAGAAACACGGCUGUAAACUGGAGCAGUUCCACUUCAUCGGCGUCAGUCUGGGAGCUCAUGUUGCCGGUUUUGUUGGAACUCUGUUUGAAGGGAAGAUCGGACGAAUCACAGGCCUCGACCCUGCUGGACCCAUGUUUAAAGGAGCCGACACCUUCGACCGGCUGGAUCCGUCUGACGCUCAGUUUGUCGACGCCAUCCACACCGACUCCGACUACUUUGGGAUCUCCAUCCCCGUCGGUCAUGUGGACUUUUUCCUGAAUGGAGGGAAGGACCAAACCGGAUGUGCUCGAUCCAGGUUCCCCUCUAUUCUUGUGUACUUUCCAGUGUACGGCUACGUGAUCUGCGACCACAUGAGGGCGCUGCACGUCUACAUGAGUGCCCUGAACGGAUCCUGUCCGCUGGUCGGGAUCCCAUGUUCCACCUACGAGGACUUCCUGGACGGAGACUGUGUCGACUGCGACGUCUUCAAAGGAACGUGUCCAGUUAUAGGUUUAUCUAAAAACAGUGGAAUAGCUGAAACAUCUCCGAUCCCUAAAGAACAGAAAGUUUUCCUCCUCACGACGUCUUCUCCUCCGUUCUGCGCUCAUCACAUCCUGCUGCAGCUGGAAGUUUCUCCUCUGGAUAAAAGUGCUGAAGUUGAAGUGACGCUUAUGACGGAGAACCUGGGAACCGAACAGAGACUCAGACUUCGGACGGAUACGACGGUCUACAGGACGGUGUUGGCUCAUCCUCUAGCUCUGUGUGAGAUCAACUCCAUCAGCCUGAAGAACACCGGAGCAUUCUACCGACAGGCUGAGAUCCACGUCAGAUCGGUCUGCGUCUCCGAGUUCCCAUCCAUCAGACGUGAGGAUCCACUGUGUGUGAAUAACUUCAUCGUCCGGCGAGGAUCUCCAUGGUCACAUGACUUCAUUCAGGUUUGUGACUUCUACUGAAGAUCUGCUCUGAAGAAACUAGAAUAAAAACUGCAUCUACAGCGAAGUCGCCACAUUUUCACCACCUUCUUUAAUAUUGAUUAAAAAUAAUCAGUUAAAUGUCAGUCAGCCAAAGAAUCACAGCUAAUUUCUCUGAUUCUAACCGACCCUAAACACUGUACGUUAGCUGGAUAAUCAGCUGAUUUUACAACAUCCAGACUGAAACCACUAGAAAAACAGUGACUUUUAUUUUUUGCCUGGUUUUGUGUAAUUUAAGUUUUAACUCUGAGACUGUUAAUAUAAUAAAAGGUGUCUGUUGUGAUCUGUUUUACUCUCAAGUCUGGCUUUGUUUUGUAUUUAUUCGUGAGUAGUUCAAGCAAUAAACACAAAUAAACUCUGA